UCAAUCCGGACCCGCCUCCAUUUCGUAUUUUAAUUCGUACAUUAACACUAAUUGUGUGUAAUGGAUUAAAAGUGUAGAUUUCCUACUUUGAUAAAUGCAUGUUAAACUUGUAAAUCAUUUGUUUAGUUUUUAAUGUGUUUUUGGAGAUAGUCCGAAAUUAAAGCGAAGACGAGUUAUUAAAAGUUUUCCUGCGUGACAUUGUUGUCAUGACAUUCAGUGAGCGUAUGACGUUUGACGUAAUCGCUCGGGGUAAUCGGGCAACACUUCACCUUGACCGCAGUGAGCGUUUGCUGUGAGGAUGUCCAUUACGAGGAAAAGAAAAGUUGACGAAGAAAAUAGAGUUUUCAAAGAUGAUUGGACAGAGAGGUACACAUUCAUUUUGCUCAAAUCCAGCACGAAGCCGUUCUGUUUGAUUUGUAAUGACACAGUUGGAGUUAUGAAGAGUGGAAAUGUCAAACCGCACUAUGAAACAAAGCACAGACAUUUUGAAAGGCAAUAUCCACAAAAUACAGAGGUGAGGACAGCAAAACUACGACAGCUAAAGUCUUCGUAUGAAUCAUCAAACAAGUUGCUUGUGAGAGCUCUGACACAGCAAGAAAGAGCUACAGAAGCAUCUUUUCGGGUGGCCUGGGUACUAGGCAAAAACAAGAAGCCAUUCUCUGAUGCAGAGAUAGUUAAAGAGUGUUUAGUGGAGAUAGCAGAGGCUUUGUUUGAGAGAAAGGAGAGACAGGAGAUGUCAGAGAAAUUAAAGAAAAUUCCACUAUCCAAUGACACUUCAACCAGGAGAACAGAAGUACUUGCCCAUGACUUAGUUAAGCAGUUAACUGAUGAUAUCAAAGAUGCACCCUGCCUUUCACUUGCGGUGGAUGAGUCUACAGAUUGCACAGACCAAGCCCAGCUAUGUGUGUUUGUCAGAUACUUCAGCAAGGCAAAGGGGACAUUCUGUGAAGACUUUCUGGGCCUUACUCCACUCUGUCACACUAGAGGAGAAGACAUCUAUGACGCUAUCAUGCAGAUGCUUAAUGAAAGGGGAAUUGAUGUCAAGAAUGUUGUGUCCAUCGCUACUGAUGGUGCUCCAGCCAUGAUAGGGAAGGAGAAGGGAGCUGUUCAACGGCUGAAAGAGGAGCACUCAGACCUGCUGACAUACCACUGUAUAAUAAACCAGUCAAUGCUGUGUGCAAGCCUUGGAAAAAUUCAGACGUCAUGGAAACUAUUAUGAAGCUUGUGAACUACCUGAGAGCAUCUUCUGCCCUUCAGCACUGUCUUCUGAGGGCAUUCCUGACUGAGGUAAAUGCUUCUUAUGAUGACUUACUCCUCCAUAACAAUGUGAGAUGGCUGAGUAAGGGAAGAGUCUUGGAGAGGUUUUGGGUCAUCAGGAAAGAUUUGGAGAUGUUUUUGUCCCAGCAGAAGAAUGUCAAAGUCAGGCAUUGCUUGGAUUUUCUGAGGAAUGAUGACAGCAUGGAGCGUGUGGCCUUUUUAGUGGACAUAACAUCUCAUCUAAAUUAACCGAAUCUGAGGCUCCAGGGCCAAGGUAACACUGUGUGUGAUCUGAUGGCAGCAGUACGCUCCUUUGAAAGGCGGCUGGAGAUCUUUAAGAGUGAUAUCACAGGGCCACAUAUCCACUUUCCAACUCUUCUCCAGCAGACUAAUGGCAAUCACCAUCAUCACCAUCUUUCCUUUUUGGAGAAUCUAGCUGAAAAUUUCAGGGAGCGCUUUGAGGGCUUCAAUGUUGGCAGACAAGUACUGCUCUGCAUUCCAUCUCCAUUCCUGGUCAAGAAUGUGGAGGAGUUUUCAAAAGAAACCAAGAGCAUCUUCCCAUGGGCAAGCAUGGCAUUUCUGCAGAUUGAACUAAUUGACUUGCAGGAAAAUGUGGCUUUAUGGGAAGUGGACUGUGACACUGUUACCUUUUGGACUAAAAUGGUCACAGCUGAAAAUUUCCCUAACCUACAGAAAGUAGCCAUCUGUGUUCUUACCAUGUUUGGAUCGACGUAUCAGUGAAAGUCUGCAUUCUCAGCCAUGAAUGUUGUGAAGAACUCAAACCGCAGCAGCUUGACUAAUGAACAUUUAGGCUAGUGUCUUCGUCUAGCAACCACACCUUUUGUGCCACGGUUUAGGCAGCUGAUGGAAGACAGACAGUGCCAUUUCUCACAUUAGACUGCUCUGUAUUUUGCACCAUGCUACUUUUGACCUACUUGUUGUUUUGUUCAAUUUAAUGCUGACUCUUAAAUUCAUUGCUUUGCUACUUUUGCAGUUGUUACCAAUGUAUU